UUAUGUUGUAAUUUUAUAGGAAUGUGUAGUUUGUUAUACAGCCUUUGAAGACAUUUACUGACAUUGUACAUUUUUGUUAUUCUUGAUUUAACUUCGAUACCGUAGACCCUAUUAAUUGGUAUAGAAACUGAUAUAUAAAAUAUUGCCAAUUGGAUUGUCACUUUCAACCAAGUCAAUACAAACAAAACUGACUACUUGUUGAGUUCCCCAUAUCAUAGUUCAAAUGAGUCACUAUAGUAACUGUUUGUUUUCGAAACGUUUUGUUUAGUACAUUCAAUACAGAUGUAACACAUACAUUUAAUUUAAAUUCUUGUGUAAUACACAUUAUUAAUUCGAAGAACAUUUCAAUAUAUCUAAUAUUCCCAUUCAUCUGACAUACUUCAUAAUAUUGACAACGAAAUAUUGACAAGUAAUAUGGAACCAGAUCUGUUGCAGAAGGAGGAACAAUAUCGCAAAGAAAAUCAGAAGCUUGAAAUAAGAACUAAACAAUUAAUGCAAAGAGUGGAUGAAGUAAUGAAAUUACAAGAUAGUCUUUUGAAAGAAACACUUAGUUCCACCGUAAUAUUGGACGAAUGUUCAAAUGAUAACAAUUUUGAAUCCAACCAUAACGGGGAUGCGAUAACUUUAGAAGAGCUGAAGCUUCCUAAAACUGUAGAUGAAUUAGGUACGAAAGCAAAAUCCAGUUUCUUUAAGGCACAAAUAAAAUCACUACAAAAUGACUUGGAUAAAUUACAAAGAGAUUAUACUUUAAAAAUUGAGGAAGUAAAACGUCUUCAAAAAGAAAACAAACAACUAAAUGAUCAAAGAAUUAAAAUGUUUGCACAAACAACAAAUGGGAAAAGCACUAUUAAUAAACUGGAAGCCAAAGUUAAUAUUCUGAAUUCUAAACUUUCUGGAAAGGAUUCUGAGAUUAAUGUAUUGAAAAAGGAAAAUGAAGCAUUAAGAAAGGAAAUUAAAACUUUGAAGGGUGAAAUGAGUGGUUUAGAGUUAAGAUUGAACAGAUCUUUCGGAGACAUUGAGAAGUACAAGAAUGAUUUGAAAAUGGCCAAAGCAAAUGAAAAAGACAUCAUAGAAUCUCAUCGUAAAAAGCUGGAUGAACUUGAAAAUACCGCUAAAGACAUUGAGAAGUACAAGACGGAUCUUCUUAUGGGUUUUAAAAAACAACUGCUUCUUAUAGAUAAUCUUAAAAAACAAAAGUUGCAUUUGGAGUCUUCAAAACUCGCAGAAAUUUCUCAAAACAAUUACAUGAAACUACUUGAUUGGAACAUGAGCUCAUUAAAUAAAUCAUAAUUUCAUACUUAUAUGUUGUGCAUGGGACUUUAUGACCAAAUGUUUAUACCAUUUAUAUUUUGCAAUGUACAAUAAAAAUAUGGGGAAACCAUGUAAAAGUUAGAAGAAACUUUGUACAAGCUCUAUUUCAAGGUAAUAAAACUAUUUAUAUAUAUUUA